CCCCGAUAGAUGUCUCUUGAUACACGUACCACCAUCUUUCUCUCUCCUGUCGCCUCUCUUUUCUCAUCGUCUUCUUCGUCUGGGGAAUCUCAUACAUUUUCCUGGACAGUUGAAAAACAUGGAGAGAGGAAUCUUUUGGAUGUUCUUCCUCUUCGGCCCCGCCCUCUCUUUCGACUACUUUCCCAAGGACUUUCCCGUUCCGAUGAGCUUUCGCGAUGAACUUCUGAGAGAAAUCCUGCAAAACCGGGCAGAUCCAGAGCCUAUGAAUGGGGACUACUUUGAUGAGUCUUCCUCCAGGAUGGAAAUGGCUCCACCGUUGGCUGUGGCUCGAGGAUUCGGCUCAGUUGCAGGGAAUCCGAUGACCCGAGAUCGAGAAUACCUGGAGCAUUCUCCUCUCUGGGGACAUCAAUACAUGCAAGGUGAGGCAAGCCGCCUUUUCACGUCCAUCCAUGGGUUCCUCUUGUCCACGGAGGAAAAAUCGGAGGACGGAUGUCUGGAAGUGUUCGAGAACACGGCUGGAUUUUCCCGGGAAUAUCAAGCAGCUCAAGAGUGUCUGUGCGAUUCCGAACACAUGUUCUCUUGCCCGGAAUCCUCCAACGGCAACAGCCUUGACGAUGAGGAACUCGAUCGCCUUCUCCGGGAUUAUCAUAUCGAGGGACAGCACAAAAGUCUGGUGGCGAAGAAAUUCCACGUCAAAAAAGAUCACAAGGUGAAACGCAGCUACAAUGAAAUGGAGAACAUCGCCAAGGAACUCGGAAAACUCCACAGUUCCUCCAUCACCCGGAAUCCGUUUUUGGAAGGUCCCAAGCUCCCCGUGCUGGCCAAGAAAGGAACGAAACUUCAUUAAGAGCCCUCAAUGUAUUUUUUUCGCCCUCCUUUCACAUCCCUUGUCUGCCUCCAUGUGCUACGAAAGAAAAUCGUGAUGUUAUCGUGAUCUCACAAAAUAUUCUCUAUUGUAGAAAUUCUAUCCAAUGUCGCUAUGUUCAAGAAAGUAAAAAGCUGUCGAUAGAGUCGCUAAGAAA